UGGGGUUUGGUCUGACAUCUGCUCGGUUGACAUGCCCAAAAUACGUGAUUUCUUUGAAACUAAGACUGAUGGGCUGUUCUUGCAAUCCCUGGUGCUGGUCCUAAUCAUCUCCACAUCCAUCAUGCAAGACACAUCUUCUGUGUCUUGCUCGCUGUGUAAAUUUCACAAGCUUUGGGGCUCAGCUGGAAACAGUGUUUGAGGCCGGUGUUUCUCAAUCUUGGAAAGUUUAAGCUGGGUGGACUUCAACUCCCAGAAUUCUUCAAUCGAUAUGCAUGUGCAGAAUGGAUGGGGAAUUCUGGGAGUUGAAAACCAGAUUUCUUUAAAUUCCCAAGGUUGAGCUGUAUCGGGACAGCAAAACUUGUUUCUUCUUGUCUUUGCAGAUAAUACCCAGCUUGGUACAGGCGAUAAGAAGCGGUGCCUUUGCAAAAUUAUAAAUAAGCACAUUAAUGAAAGUUUAAUGAAAAGAAGGAGUAAGGGAGACAUGAUAGCAAUGUUCCAAUAUCUCAGGGGUUGCCACAAAGAAGAGGGAGUCAAACUAUUCUCCAAAGCACCUGAGGGUAGAACAAGAAGCAAUGGGUGGAAACUAAUCAAGGAGAGAAGCAACUUAGAACUAAGGAGAAAUUUCCUGACAGUUAGAACAAUCAAUAAGUGGGACAAUUUGCCUGCAGAAGUUGUGAAUGCUCUGACACUGGAAAUUUUUAAGAAAAUGUUGGAUAGCCAUUUGUCUGAAAUGGUGUAGGGUUUCCUGCCUGGGCAGGGGGUUGGACUAGAAAACCUCCAAGUUCCCUUCCAAUACAGUUGUUAUGUUAUGUUAUGUUAUGUUAUGUUAUGUUAUGUUAUGUUAUGUUAUGUUAUGUUAUGUUACUUUUCAUCACGGGCACUUUUCAAUUUGCACGUGCGAUACCUAAUUUCAUGUUUGAAGCAAGGAGGAGAAGAGGAUUCUUUGAAUAACUAUGCAUAGUUUUUUUAAUAGGCUCUGUAAAUUUAAUAAAACAGCUUUAUAAUUUUGCCACCGCUGAACUGCCGACCUUUCGAUCGACAAGCUCAGCAUCUUAGCCACUGAGCCACCAUGGCUCAGUGCCUAAGAUGCUGAGCUUGUCGAUCGAAAGGUCGGCAGUUCAGCUGUUUGAAUCCCUAGUGCCACGUAACAGGGGGAGCUCCCGUUACUUGUCCAAGCUUCUGCCAACCUAGCAGUUCGAAAGCACAUAAAAAAAUGCAAGUAGAAAAAUAGGGACCACCUCUGGUGGGAAGGUAACAACGUUCCGUGUGCCUUUAGCAUGUAGUCAUGCCGGCCACAUGACCACGGAAAUGUUUUCAGAUAGUGCUGGCUCUUCGGCUUUGAAACAGAGAUAAGCACCGCUCCCUAGAGUUGGGAACGACUAGCACAUAUGUGCGAGGGGAACCUUUAACUUUACCUUAUAAUUUUGCCAACAAAAUGCAAAUGUUUAUUUUUAAUCGAUGUGCCAAACUUUUUGGGGACUCUCCUCCUUGUGUCCCUCCCAGGUUGUUGUCCUUUGUCUCUGAACGUUCUGCCGUGUGCCGCCAUCUUGGUGAAGCUCUCCAAGGAUGAAAAUGGAAGAAGAAGGAACUCUUAGUUGUCUGCCAGGAGAGCCAUCCAAACCAGCCGGAGAAAUCCUUCAUGGGGUCAUUGUCGAUUGCAAGACCAGAGCGGACUUCAGAGGACAAGGCAAAUCUCUGGAUGGAGAUACGGGAAGAUCCUGCGGACAGGCCAUCCUGCCUCAGGUGAAAGGAGAAUCAGAGGAGCACUGGGAAGUCCAGUGGAAGACAUUUUUGAGGACUAUGGAGUCCUCUCACCCGGUCUGGGGAAUGACCCAUUUCCCGGAGGACCCUUCCUUGUGGGAAGAUGCCAAGACCUUCCUGGGCUCCUUCGAGCAAGUGGCCAAGGCCUGUCGCUGGCCCAGGGAGCAAUGGGUAACCUGGCUCUUGCCCGCCCUCAAUGGAGAAGCCAGGCAGGCCUUCGAUAAGAUGGAACCUGAAGACCGAGAGGAUUAUGGGAAAGUGAAGACAGCCAUCUUGCGAGAGGAUGCUCUGAGCAGAGAGAAGAUUCGCAGGCGCUUCCGGCAGUUUGGCUACUGGCAGGCCGACGGGCCAAGAGCCGUCUAUGUCCAGCUGCGGGACCUCUGCCGCCAGUGGCUGAAGACCGAGAAGAACAGUAAAGAGCAGAUUGUGGAAUUGCUGGUCUUGGAACAAUUUCUGGCUAUCCUUCCCCCAGAAAUGCAGAGCUGGGUGUGCGAAUGCGGCCUGGAGACCUGUGCCGAGGCCGUGGCCCUGGUGGAGGAUUUCCUCUCGAGGCAGCGAGAGGCUCCGAGGAAGGAAAAGCAGGGCAUCUUGGAGGAAGCCCAGGCUGUUUUCUCCUGGACUCCAGCUGAGCCGGGACAGAGACCCCUCUAUGUCAACUCAACGCUGGAAGGCAAUGAUGGACAGGCCCCUUUGUUAGAAAGUCCACUGUUACCCCAAAGUGAUGUCUCUUGGCUGGGAGAGAAAAACAAAACAUUUUUUCAGAGUUCAGAAGAAGGAACGCCUCCAGAAAGUGUCUCCAAGAAGGAAGAUGGAGGUGAAAUACCUAAAGAGUUGGAAAGAGCCAGAUGUGAAGCUCUGAGGGAAAUCACCUGGAAUCCGGAUAUUUCACAGAUGCAGGAAUGUGAUCCGGCCGGAGAAAAGGAUAAAUCUCUGUCGGAUCGGACCGCUGAUGUGGACGAGGUCCCAGUUCCUCAGGAAAAGCAACGGAAGAAGAGGAAAAACCGGUGCCUCGUUGUUAUCCCUGAGGAGAGACCAAGCAAAAACUCAGCUUUUGGGAAGGGGGUCCCCCUCCAUCAAAGACUCCAUGGCCGAGAACUGCCCCAUAAAUGCUCGGACUGCGGCAAGGGCUUCGGUCACAAAGCGAACCUUACGUCGCACCAGAGAGUCCACCGGCUGGAGAAGCUCUACGACUGCUCCAACUGCGGCAAGACGUUUCUUCGCAAGUCCAUCUUGGAUAUGCACCUGAGGAUGCACACGGGUCAGAAGCCCUUCAGCUGCUCCGACUGCGGCCUAAGCUUAAGCGCCCAUUCGAGUCUCGUCAGGCAUCAGCGGAUCCACACCCGGGAGAAACCCUACAAGUGCUCCGAGUGCGAGAAAAGCUUCAGUCAGAACUCGGACCUAAUCCGGCAUCAGCGGCUUCACACGGGGGUAAAACCCUAUCGGUGCUCUGAAUGCGGGAAGAGCUUCAGUCGGGUAAAUAGUCUGACAGUGCACCAGAGGACUCAUACGGGCGAGAAGCCCUUCCGAUGUUUCGAGUGCGGGAAAAGCUUCAGUCGAGGCGAUUAUCUGAUUUUGCAUCAAAAGCUUCACCGGGGGGAGAAGCCGUACAAGUGUUCGGAGUGCGGCAAGGGCUUCUACCGAAGCACCCGGCUGAUUUCCCAUAAGAGGGUCCACCUGGCCGAGAAACUGUACAAGUGUUUCCGUUGCGGCAAGAGCUUCGGCGACGAGGCCAAGCUCGACCAACACAAGCAGGCCAAGCACACGAACGAGAGGCCGCACACCUGUGCCGAGUGCGGCAAGAGCUUCCGUCGGAGCACCCACCUCACCAGGCACCAGAAAAUUCACACCCGCAAAGCCCGGUAUCGCUGCCUGCAGUGUGAGAAGACCUUCACUUGUCGAAAGCAUCUCCUGUCCCACGAACGGACUCACACGGGGGACAAACCGUACAAAUGCCUGGAUUGCGGCAAGAGGUUCAGUUUCAGCGGGAACCUCGCCUCGCACCUGCGAAUGCACACGGGGGAGAAGCCGUACCUGUGCCUCGAGUGCGGGAAGAGUUUCAGCCGGAGCGCACACCUCACUUUGCACCAGAGGACCCACACCGGGGAGAAGCCGUACACCUGCCUGGAGUGCGGGAGAGCCUUCAGCCAGAGCAGCAACCUCACUUCGCAUCAGCGCAUCCACACCGGGGAGAAGCCGUAUGAGUGUCCCGUCUGCGGGAAACAAUUCUCGCGCGGCGACUCACUGGUCUCGCAUCAGAGAAUCCAUGCCGCGGAAAUAAUCUGAUCCAGGGUUUAGGGCAUUUGGCGCCACGGGAGGUCACUCUGCAAUGAGCUUCCAUUGUGAAGGAGGGGGAAAAAUAUGGGAAAGAAAGCUGACUCUCGCUUCAUGUCAAAUAAUCAAGUGUGUUUCAGAAGCUUCUUCGCUGGUCGUCUUUGGAGAUCCUCGAAGGUCGUGGUUGUCCCAAAGUUGCUUUUCCAAAACUUUUCUUGGGUUUUUUAAUUCUCCUUGAAAACGUUUCGCUUCUCAUCCAAGAAGCUUCAGAAUGGAAAUUCUUCAGACUUAAAUCUUCUUGGAUGAGGAGCGAAACGUUUUCAAGGGGAAAAAACAACAACAAGAAGCAAGGAAGUCCAGUUUCCAAUUGGAAAAGCACCUUUGGGACUUCUUCAUUUGUUGCGUACAUGGACGAACAGAAUUAGAAAACUAUAGUCAAGGAUAGUGUAUUAUAUGUUAUAGAGGAGGGGUGUCAAACUUGAGGCCUGGGGGCCAGAUAUGGCCCGCGGGGGGCUUAGAUCUGGAAACAGCAAAGAACUGGCCCGUGAUGCCUCUGACAACAAAAACACUGCCCGCUGCCCUCCCGAACUCCAUUUUCGCUGCUAGAGGGUUGCAGGAUGCCAUCACAGCUAAAAACGGAGCUCGCGAGGGCCGUGGGCAGCCAUCCCAAGCCCCGUUUACACUGGCAGAGGGUUGCAGGAAGCCGUCGCAGCUGAAAAUGGAGCUCGGGACUCCGUUUUUGCUGGCAGAGCAUUCAGGCCGCCACAGGCGCCCCCUGACACGAGUGAUGUCGAGCUGGCUGUGUCCCCCCGGGCCCCCCCAGAUCAAACACAGCCCUGAUGCGGCCCUUAAUGAAAUAAAAGUUUGACACCCGUUAUAGAGGUAUAUAAGAAUCUAAGGAAUGCCCUGCAGGAUCGGAACCGAGGCCCAAGGUCUCCCAGAAGAUGGCCUUCAGAGGCAGCCAUCCUGCCGUCAAGACCUUCCUUCGUUCAGUCAGUGGUUUAACUCUCCUUCUCAUGGAUGCUCUGAAGUAGAGCACCCUGAGACGGAGCAUCCUAUCUUAACGAACAUGGUAUCUAUCAGUCUGCCAUCUGUUGAAAGGUUAUUGGAAUCUAAACUGUGCCCUGCUGGAUUGAGAUCCCUGGCCCAUCUGAUCUCGCAAUUUGUUCUCCCAGUUGGCCCACCAAAACACCCAAAGGUGAACCACUGGUCUCCCAGCUGAUGGCCUUCAGAGGCAGCCACCCUGCCACUCAGGCUAAGAGCCAUAAUCCACAGGGACUAGGUAGGUAGGAGACUCUAAUGCCCCAAAUCUCUUUGAACCCAGGACAUUCCAUAGUGCAGGGGUCUCCAACCUUGGUCCCUUUAAGACUUGUGGACUUCAACUCCCAGAGUCCCUCAG